GCGGCGCUUGGAUCGAGAUUGUUGUUGUGCCAGCUUUACUGUUUACACUUUUACAGUAAUUUAAUUACUAAUUAGUACACUUGUGUUACAUAUAUGAUAUAGAUUGAAAUGUUUGUCUGCUCAAGAGUUAUUAAAAGUUUGUUAGAUGGUGGUAGGCAAACAAAGGCAGCUUUGAGACUAAGCAUGAGAACCAUGUCUUCAGGCAUAUCCUCGCAGUAUAAGUACGAGACAUUAGAGGUUUCGCAACCAUCAGACAAUGUGCUGCAGGUGAUGCUGAACAGACCUGAGAAACGUAAUGCUAUGAACAGGAUAUUCUGGAAAGAGAUGGUUGAGUGCUUCACUCAGAUUGAUGGUGAUCAAGACUGCCGUGCAGUAGUACUAUGUGCUGCUGGUCAAACGUUUACUUCAGGUUUGGACCUCACAGAUGCUCAAGAGGUCUUUCAAGCUGCUGAAGAUAAGGAUAUUGCUAGAAGAGCCUUUUUCUUGCGAGAACUGAUCAGGGGUUAUCAGGAGAGCUUCACCGUAAUUGAAAAGUGCAAAAAACCUGUAUUGGCAGCCAUUCACAGCGCCUGCAUAGGAGGCGGUGUUGACAUGGUAACAGCUUGCGACAUCAGAUAUUGCACUCAGGAUGCGUGGUUCGAGAUCAAGGAAGUCGACAUAGGCUUGGCAGCAGAUGUGGGCACACUGCAAAGAAUCCCGAAAAUCAUUGGGAAUGACAGCUUGGUGCGUGAGCUGGUGUACACUGGACGCAGGCUCUAUGCUGAUGAAGCAAAAGAGUGUGGUCUUGUUAACAGAGUCUUUCAGGACAAAGAAGUGAUGUUACAGAGUGCAUUAGACCUGGCCGUAUUGAUAGCAUCAAAGAGUCCUGUGGCUGUACAAAGUAGCAAAGUGGCAUUGAUUUAUUCCAGGGAUCAUUCUGUACCCGAAUCUUUGGAUCAAAUGGCAACGUGGAACAUGUCCAUGCUGCAAACAGAAGACAUCAUGAAGGCAGUAGUUGCACUCAUGUCAAAAGCAAAAGAUCCACCAAAUUUCUCAAAGCUCUGAUUGCACAGUCACUUGUUAUAGAUCCACAUGUUCGUUGGUUGGUAGAUUAAUUCUUAUGUUUGUUAUGUUUAUAUUUUGUCAUUUUAAAUUGGUUGCUGAAUAUUGAAUAUUUGCAAAAUUUAUAAAUGUAUUCACAAUUUUUCAAAAAAAAUGUAUGGAAAGCAAUAAAAAUUAACAUCUAUGUAAAGUUAUUUGUAUAGCAAACAUAAAUCUAAUGAAUGAUAUUGUUUAUCUUUGUGAUUGUAUAUUGUAUAAAAUAAUGAAUUUCAAAUAUAUAAAAUUGUAAUGCCUGAAUGCUUGAUUCCCAGGGGGGUCACUCCCAAACUAAAGUGGUAUGCAUGCUCGUCAAAGCAUCUCAAAAUGGACUCUAAAUGGUGUAUUCAGCGGUAGCAAAUUUCACCCAUUAUUGGCGUAAGAUAAUGUAAAUCUUACCCCUAAAUGGCGUAAGACACUAAAAUGGAUCCCCUAAAUGGCAUAGCACGUAUACUGCGCAUAUUCUACUUUAACGCCCAUCAGAAUCUGACGUUGAGACUAGAAAACCCGGGGAGAAUCCUUUUGAGAACGUAAACACGGAAAUAAAUGGAUGAAUCGAAUGACAAAAACCGGGCAACCUGAAAAGGCACUCCUUUUUCUAAAGACGGUGUAGACGCUACAGGGUCAAAAUCGGACCCUUUUUUGACAUUUCCUCUGACGAGCAUGCGUACCACUUUAGUAUGGGAGUGACCCCCCCUCCCCCGGGGCUUGAUUAAGCUUGUGCCAGUAGUGCACUGCACGUGCCCUUGUGUAAUACAUGCUGUGAUUAUACAUAUGUUACGGAUUAGCUGUUUUCUCUCUGUUUCCGAUGUCUAUCGACCUGAACCUCUCUGACCCAGCCCCACUCUAUAUACUAUCUCUAUAUACUAACAUGCAGUUUGGAUCAGGGGUCCCAGCCCCAGAGGUCACUGAUUACAACCUGAGCACAAUAUAUACGUCAGGAAUAUAUGAUCUCAAAGAGAUUAUUUACUCCUGAUACGCAUGUAUAGGUGGAAUACAACAGUAGCCUUCCGCCAAUUGUUCACUAUUUCGUCUUUGGAAAAUUCAUUUAUUUCUUUUGAAUUUUGUUGUGGUAAAAUUCAGAACUAGAGUUCACUAUAGUUUGCAUUAUGAACGCAAGUAGAUAUCUCGUGGACGUCUAGAUGGCAUUAAAAGUGAGAUUGGUCUUGUCGUGUAAUUGUGCCAUUCCGUCAA